AUGGAGGAAAAGCAGGCUUCACAAAGCUAUUUCUCCAAGUCCAUCAUCAAGGCCACGUCCAACCAAACCAUACCUGAGAUCAUGGGAAAGUUACAAACUGUGUUGUGUGGCAGUUAUGCGGAAGACUCUCUGUCUAUGACUGUGGACACCAACGAUGUCAGUGUGGCUUACAUCGCCCUGCGAGAUCCCACGGCAUGCCCCGGAGAGACGAUCCAGUCGAAAUACAAAGGGAGCUUCACGUGGCCAAAGAUAACUCCUGACAACGUGAUAUAUCGUUCUUGCGAGAAAAACAGAGAGCAGAACGCUAGCAGGGCCUGUUUGAUUAAUAUCAGGACUGAAAAAGCUUAUUGGAAGAGACAAAACCUGACCACGUGUCGGCUGCUAAGAGAACUACCGGAUAAUAUCAUGGCGCUUAAAAAUGUGACCAUCACAGUAGAAAAUGCCAAAGAAGUUGCAGAUCUCAUUUUGAUUCUGUUACAUUCUCCUACGCUGAGUAAAGAAGAAAUCGAGGUCCUCGUGGCCAAACUCACUGACAUUGCCAACUGUGAGGAGAUCAGCGAGUCACUUGCAAAGAAGGCCUUGCAAAUCAUAAACAUCUUCAUGACAGAGGAACCCAACAUACAGGAGUUGCAGGCAGUGCUCAACAGGGUGGUAGUUGUAGCUGAGCCCCAUAUCAGCAUGAGCCUGUGCUCAGAUUCACACAGCCGCCCCCUCCCCAUCUUCAAUGGCCUCGGCGGCUGGGAUACAUCGGGGUGUGAAAUGGAACACACAGACGCGAAUUACACCAUCUGCAACUGCAGCCAUCUGACCCAUUUCGGAGUCUUGCUGGACCUAUCUCGGACAUCAGUCGAUGGUGCAGAUGAUCAGAUUUUAACUUUGAUCUCCUACGUGGGAUGUGGGAUUUCCUCCAUUUUUCUGGGCUUGGCUCUGGUGGUGUACCUUUCCAUCGAGAAGCUCCGUGGGGACUACCCUUCCAGAAUCCUCAUCAACCUCUGUUUUGCGCUGCUGAUGCUCAACCUCACGUUCCUGGUGAACUCCUGGCUGGCCUCGUUCCACAAUCAUGACCUCUGCAUCGCCGUGGCUGUGGUCCUCCAUUACUUUCUGCUGGCGGCCUUCACCUGGAUGGGCCUGGAAGCCAUCCACAUGUACUAUGCCCUCAUCAAGGUGUUCAACACUUACAUUCCCAACUACAUGAUUAAGUUUGCCAUUGUCGGCUGGGGAGUUCCAGCGGUUAUCGUUGCUGCUGUCCUCAUCAUAAGCCCAGAUAUCUAUGGGGCUGGAUCCGUUGACAAAAGCACCAGCCCACUGAUGCAUUUUUGCUGGAUCAAGGACAACGUGACCUUUUACAUCUCUGUUGUGGCCUACUUCGGCUUGGUGUUCCUGUUGAACGUCGGCAUGUUCAUCACGGUCCUUCUGCAGAUUCACACCAUGAAAGGGAAGAAUCCCGUGCGAGCCGCUAGCUGGAACCACGGCUUCCUUCAUGACCUGAAGCGGGUGGCCAGCUUGACUUUCUUGCUCGGCUUAACGUGGGGUUUUGCCUUCUUUGCGUGGGGGCCAGUGAAGAUGCUUUUCAUAUACCUCUUUGCCAUUUGCAAUACAUUGCAAGGCUUUUUCAUUUUUAUCUUCCACUGUCUCAUGAAGGAGAACGUGAGGAAGCAAUGCCAAAUGCACUUCUGCUGUGGGAGGUUUCGUCUCAGCUAUUCUCGCCAAGUUUGCUGUACGUCCUUGACUUACCAGACGGCCAAGCUGCCUCAUGUGAGAAAAACCUCACCAAUGAAUGCCGAGCUGGAAUGUCCUCAGAAAACGAGGUUUUUGCGUUGA